CAAUAAUAAAAUCAUGUAAGCUUAGCUUGUCGUCUUGAUUUGGCGAUAUCCACACUAAAAUUUUUCUUGCUCUCUGUUCGUCGCCAAUAAUAGAUCCGUUCGUUUUUUCAUCUUCUGAUUCUCAAGUAAAACAAAAUGGCAACUCUUGCUGAUUCUUUCUUGGCAGACCUUGAUGAGUUAUCUGAUAAUGAUGCUGAUAUUAUUGAGGAAGAAGAUGCUGAUGCUGGAAACAUGGAGGAAGAUGUUGAUGGGGACAUGGCGGAUAUCGAGGCCCUUAAUUAUGAUGAUUUGGAUAGUGUCUCAAAAUUGCAGAAAACACAGAGAUUCAAUGAUAUAAUGCAGAAAGUGGAAGGUGCCCUCGAGAAAGGUUCUGACGAGUCAGAUCAUGGUAUUGUAUUGGAAGAUGAUCCCGAAUAUCAACUAAUUGUGGACUGUAAUGCAUUAUCAGUUGAUAUCGAGAAUGAAAUCAUCAUUAUCCACAAUUUUAUCCGUGACAAAUACCGUUUAAAGUUUCCGGAACUUGAGUCACUUGUGCAUCAUCCUAUUGAUUAUGCUCGUGUGGUGAAAAAGAUAGGCAAUGAGAUGGAUUUGACCCUUGUUGAUUUGGAAGGGCUUUUACCAUCAGCUAUUAUUAUGGUGGUUUCAGUGACAGCAUCAACAACAAGUGGCAAACCACUUUCUGAAGAAGUCCUCCAAAAGACAGUUGAUGCAUGCGAUCGAGCUCUUGCGCUUGAUACUGCAAAGAAAAAGGUGCUUGAUUUUGUAGAGAGUAGAAUGGGAUACAUUGCACCAAAUCUUUCUGCUAUUGUUGGGAGUGCUGUUGCAGCAAAGCUUAUGGGGACGGCUGGUGGUCUGUCAGCAUUAGCCAAGAUGCCUGCUUGUAAUGUUCAGCUUCUUGGUGCCAAGAAGAAGAACUUAGCAGGAUUUUCCACUGCAACAUCUCAAUUUCGUGUAGGUUAUAUCGAGCAAACGGAGGUAUUCCAGUCAACUCCACCUUCUCUGAGAAUACGUGCUUGCCGACUAUUGGCUGCAAAAUCAACACUUGCUGCACGGAUAGAUUCUACUAGGGGAGAUCCAUCAGGAAACACUGGAAGAACACUUCGGGAAGCAAUCCAUAAGAAAAUAGAGAAGUGGCAAGAGCCUCCUCCUGCAAAGCAGCCUAAACCACUUCCAGUUCCUGAUUCUGAGCCCAAGAAAAAGAGGGGUGGGCGGCGUUUGAGGAAGAUGAAGGAAAGAUAUGCAGUGACAGACAUGAGGAAGCUUGCCAACAGGAUGCAAUUUGGUGUGCCUGAAGAGAGCUCUUUAGGUGAUGGACUGGGAGAAGGUUAUGGAAUGCUUGGUCAAGCUGGGAGUGGCAAGCUGCGUGUAUCUAUCGGUCAGAGCAAACUCGCUGCAAAAGUUGCUAAGAAAUUCAAGGAGAAGCAAUAUGGAAGCAGUGGUGCUACAUCUGGUCUGACGUCAAGUCUCGCAUUUACACCUGUUCAGGGUAUUGAGCUCUCAAAUCCCCAAGCUCAUGCGCACCAACUUGGUAGCGGAACCCAGAGUACCUACUUUUCUGAGACUGGAACGUUUUCAAAGAUCAAGAGGACCUAAAUUAUGUUUAAUCCUACAAAUCAUGCUCACCAACUUGGCAGCAUAGUUGAAAGUUAAACAUAUUUCUGACGUGGAGGCAUUUUCUGAGAUCGACACUUGUGCAAAAGGCUGUCCUACAUAGCCAGUUUGUAGUUACUUGUGCGCCACAGCUGAUGUAACUGUUAGAUAAAGUCGUAGCUUGUGCACAUAGUUUUUGAGAUUAUAAUUUGGAUUUAUAGAUCCCCAAGAUUAUUCCUUGAAUGGUCAAAAUAACAAUGCAACCUAGCAGAGGACAAAAUUUUGAGAUAUAUAGGGGUAAAUAUAAGUCGAUGACAUAGUAAUUAAUCAUGUCAUCUGGACUAACUUAAUCAUGUGUAUUUCUUGGUAACUUAUUGUUAACUGUGGGCUGAUCUUGUUUUUCUU